UCAAAAAUUUCCGGGAGAGCCAUAAUUUGAUUUCCCGCGGCGGUCGUCCCCUCCGGGCGAUCCAUCACUCAGGGGAAAGCCUCGUUCUCCUUUUUCGUAGGCGAAAAAAUUCAGAAAAUGAAGUCUCCUGAAAAAUCGAGGCACGACAAACAAAAGAAGAAGAGGAAGGACUCCGCUCAUCCUCUUCCGCUCAUCGGCAUCGACCCGUCCUCGAAUCUGUUGCCCUCGCGGCACGAGUUCUUCCAGGUGCUCGCUGUCGCCGCCAUUGCCGUGAUCGUCGCCUUCUCCUGCAAUCUCGCCACCAAGAAACUUCUUCUACACCGGAGCAAGCCCUUAUGCGAUAACGGCGAAUUUUCGGGUUUAUGUGAGCCUUGUCCAACUAAUGCGGUGUGUUCUGAAGGCAAGUGGCAGUGUGUGCACGGAUAUAUGAAGCAUGGGAGAUUAUGUAUAGAAGAUGGAGAGAUUAAUCAAGCAGCUAGGAAACUUUCAGACUGGAUUCUACUUCAUAUCUGCAGAUCUAGUGCACGGUUUAUGUGCACAGGAGCUGGGAAAGUCUGGUUUAAGGAAGAAGAAAUAUUAAACAUCAUGGAUGGAUACAAGUUGCCUGAAUUUAGUUCAGACAGCAAUUCUCACGUGCUUGUAAAGACAAAGGCAAUGGAAUCACUGCUUGUUGUACUGGAGACGAGGAAAGGCUAUGAUGGGACUAAGGAGGUUAAGUGCCCAGAUGCACUUGCGGAGAAGCACAAAUCUGUUACUUGCCUUGUCCAUGAGUGGGUCCUCAAGCAUGUUUUGUUUUUGGUGGCCACAAUCCCCAUGACAAUUGCUUUGAUAAGGAUCUGCUGGAGAAUUCAUCAAAGCAGAAAACUCUCCACAAGGGCUGAACAACUUUAUACACAGGUGUGUGAAGUGCUCGAGGAAGCUGCCCUGAUGGCGAAGGAUACGGGUACAGAAGGUGAUUCUUGGGUGGUAGCAUCUCGAUUACGAGAUCAUCUGCUCUCUCCAAAAGAAAGGACAAACAGUGCUUUGUGGAAAAAGGUUGAAGCAUUGGUUCAAGAAGAUUCUCGUUUAGACCAGUACCAAAAGUUGAUAAAGGGUGAACCAAAAAUUGUCUGGGAAUGGCAAGUUGAGGGUUCCCUCCGUUCGAAUAAAGUGAAGGGCAAAUCGAGCAAGAUGAAGGCCGAUGAGCACAUAGUUGAGUCUUCUCAACAUGUCCGAAGGAAACUACAGCUAUGUGAACCAGAUUGCUGAUAUAUUAAUUGCACUUUUCUUUUCCCUUUCUUUGUAAAGGUCAUUCCUCACAGUAUCUGUAAUAUUUGUUCUUUACGUUGAGGAGAGAAGCCAUCAAGUUCUUUUCGAUGUGUUGGACAGGGUAACUCAGGAACUGUGUAUUUACUUAUCCUCCCUUGUUUUGGUUCUCUCAAUGUAAAACUCUACCUCUUUCUUACCAGGAAAACUUUUUCUUAUUCAACAAACGCCCCAUUAUCGAAAAAGGACAGUUUCAAUAUAUAUACAUAUAUUCUUCGUUCUUUUC